UUUAUCGGCGUUGCCAAAACCCCCACUGGGUGUAUGUUGUGUGUGUGUGUGUGUGUAUGGUGUGUGUGUGCGUUCAGAAACUGGCACCUAAGCUGAAGCCGAGGCAAACUUUACCGGAGUAAAAAUGCAUCGGGAAGUUAUUGGAAGUAGUUUUCAGACUUGUUCUCUUUAAAGAGUUGUUGUCACUGAGAGACGUGCAGAGGAAUGCUGAGGAAAGAAAACUCCCGGUCAUACCAAGAGUUCAGCGAUGACGACAACGGCGGCGAUGGCAACACACUGUCCCCGGACUUUUUCGACGACGCCCCGGACGACCUGGAGCACGAGGAGCCGAACGGCAGCAUCUCGCAAGAGGAUGACGCCAGGGAGAUCAGUCCAUCGAUGAGGUUCAGUAAAGCCUGCCUGAAGAACGUCUUCACGGUGGUGCUCAUCUUCAUCUACCUGCUGCUGACGGCGGUGGCGGUGUUCCUCGCCUACCAGACCAUCUCGGACUUCUUGGACAAACUCAACCACCCUGUCAUGUCCGUCACCUACAAAGAAGUGGACUCGUUUUCUCCCGCUGGUAUCGCUCUAUAUCCCGGCCGAGCUCAGCUGCUGAGCUGCAGACACCACUUCCACGACUACAUCCCACCUUUAGAGAACCCGGGCGAGCCGCAAGAAGGCGACUGUGUGUACACGGAAGUGACUUACUUUGGGCCGUUUACAAAUCAGACCGAGAAAAGAGCUCUGGUGGUCCGCGGCCCCGCUGACGUCAGGAACAGAGAGUUGAUCUUCAUGCAGUUCAGUCAAAAUGAAACAGAAGAGGACUUCAGCGCCAUCACCUACAUGCUCUUCGCCAAGUUCAGCGACUUGACCAACAGCGCAAAUCAGUCAGAGUUCAUGAGGGACUGUGAGAGGAAUUACUCCAUGUGGACCUUUUCUGGGGGAUUCAGGACCUGGGUCAAGAUGUCUCUAGUGAGGACGUCUGGGAAAAGCGACGAAGCUGUCGAGUUUCGGCAAGAGUCCACCGUGGUGAAGUUCAACGAUAAAAGACCCGAACCGGAGCAAAGCAAUCAGCUUUUCUUUGCUGUUUUUGAGUGGCGGGAUCCUUUCAUGCAAGAAAUCAGACUGAUAGUGACGGCAAAUCCCUGGAACUCCAUCGCCAUCCUCUGCGGCGUCUUCAUGGCUCUCUUCAAGGCGGCGAAUUUUGCCAAGCUCUCUGUUCAGUGGAUAGUGAGGAUGCGCAAGAGGCAUCUGAGGAAUAAAGCAAGGGAGCUCAACCAGGUCACCAACUAAGACGGAUGAGGAUAGACUCAUAUUAUCUAAGGGAUUGACCUGAGUUUUGUCUUUGACUCCUCCACACUGUUGUUUAUUGAGGUCAGUACUUGAUAUGUUCUCACUUCAUAUUACUGCCAGAUCAAUAAUUCCAUAUCAUUCUCUAAGAAUGGACAGUUCUGAGUUUAUAUGGAGUUCUUGCAUUUCAAAAGAAAAAGAGGUAUUUCUCUGAUAUUUUCUCAAACAUUUGUGGAAAUAGCAGUUUUGUUCAUACAUGAAAGAGAACGUUGUGAAAGUUUGUGGUUCUGGGCGUCUCAGGGGUCUACCGCUGAGAAAAAAAUGUGAACUUUGGUCAAAAUGUUGCUGGAUAUUUUAUUGGUUCUCAUGUUGAUGGUAUGAAUUUCUAAAGGUAAUGGUGUUUCCGUCUUUCAUUUCUGUCAUGCUAUUUCAAAACAAUGCUGUGUAAUGUCCUGUAAAUUAAGCGUUAUCAUUGGAAAUGUAGCUAAACUGGAUCUCUAUUUACUUUUACCACUUGAUGUCAGUAAACUCUAAAGGGAUUAGAAAAUAAUCUUCUUGUGUAUGUCCUGGGCAAAUACUGUCAUUUGUAUUUGAUUUUAACAUAUGUUAUAUUGUAAGGAAUUCACCAGUGUGUCUUUUACUUGAAUUAUUGUCUGAACGCUGUUGUUGUUGUUCAGGAUUGUAUCUCACACACUAUGUUUUUAGACAUUUCUUGAAAAAUAAAAAAACAUAUUUUUCUGCCUUUGUGGUUGAAAAACAACCCG